AUGGGGUACCGACCUCGAAGGACCAGACCUCCGCUGGUCCCACAACGCCCGCCAGAAGCCACCAUCGACGUGCUUCUGCGCGGCCGCAGGAACCAGACGAGGAUGCUAAGGGAUGUGAAGCUGUCGACAUCGUUUGGGCACUUCCUCGACAGCGUGCGUCGGGUGACGCUGGCUUCGAGCGCUUGGUCCAUUCAGCUGACGUCUGGGACGCAGGUGCUGGAGGCAGAUUCCUCCACACCCCUUGAAGACCUCCACCCUUUCCGGGCGCGCGGACGCAUUGAGCUGGCCUACACCUUCACGCUCCCGGAGGCCUCCCUGAAGCUGCCCCAACGGCCCAGGGAGUAUGAUGAAGCUGCCUACAACCAUCGGCGCCGCAGUGUCGAGUGGGCGAGACAGACGGCGGAGGCGCGCGAGUCGCACCUGGAAGAGCUGCAGUCUGCUCUGCCCCGUAGCCCCGGGCGCUUCAUGCCCGACGAGAGCUGGGCAGCGAGUGCUCCAUCAUCGCAAAGCUUGAACCCCAGCUUCUUCCAGGAGGUUCCCAUGGAAGAAGUCGCCUCGUCACCUUCCCGCCAUGUUGUGCUUCGCAGCCUUCGCGGAGAGACCCGCCAGAUGUCGAACGUCAAAAUUUACCAAACCUUUGCAAGCUUCUACAAGAGUGUGCGGGAGGUCACCGGAGCCUGUGAUGGAGGAUACGAUGUUGAGCUGGUACACGGAACUCAGAUCUUGCAGCCAGAGCUCUGUACACCCCUUGCACAACUGGACGUAUUCAAAAGCCUCCCCAUGGUCGAGCUGUCCUACAUCUUCCGCGAUCCGCACUUCUCAGGAGAUGGUCUGUCAAUUGGAUUCGACAACUUUGCUGAAUACAACCGCCGCCGCCGCACUGUUGAGUGGGCCGUACGUUCGGCGGAAGCGCGGGAGAUACGCUUAAGGCAGCUGUCGGCGACCUGGGGCGAACGGAGCCUGGGACGCCCAAAGAAGCCGGGCGAGGUGGCCGAUGCAAGUUGGAGCAUUCCGCUUCCUUUGCCCUUCUAG